UCUCUUACGUCGGAGGUACUAAUAGUCUCAUACAAAACAAAAUUUUAGCAUCUUGAGUUACGAUCAUCGUAAUCGUUUGGUAAAAUGAAACGUUCAUAUUCAGAUCGAGAAGGUGGUCAGUCGGCAGGUAGAAGGCGACAUAGUGACGAAAAUGAACCCUUACCACAGUUGCAUACCAUAUUUUAUGGCGAGGUUGCAUCUGUUCAACAAUAUGGGGUUUUUGUGAAAAUUCCAGGAUACAGAAAACAGGGCUUGGUGCAUAAAUCCCAGAUGUCAAAAAGCCGAGUUGAAGAUCCCUCAGAAAUGCUGGCCACUGGUGAAAAAGUCUAUUGCAAAGUUAUAUCAGUGGAGAACAACAAAGUAGGUUUGUCAAUGAAGGUAGUAAGUCAAACAUCAGGUCGGGAUGAAGACUCUGCUAAUGUACAGUCAUCAAUGGACUUGCAGAAGAACAGAAAGUUUCACAAAGGAGAGAGACCAAAGAUUGAGUUAGGGGCAGUUCUAGACACCAACUGCAAAAAGUGUGGGGGUCAUGGUCAUUUAGCCCAGGACUGUUUCCAUGUGGCUGGAGGAAAGGGGUAUGACUUGAUAGAAGAAGAGGAUGAAGCAUUUGAAUCACAUGAAAAAACACCAAAACAAAAAUCCUCCAAAUCCAAGAAAAAGAAAAACAAAAAAGAAAAGAAAUCAAAGAAAGCGAAGAAGAGGCAUCACGGGAGUUCCGAGUCAGAUGAGGACAGUCCCCGACACAAGAAACUUAAAAAGCACAAACAGAGGAGUAGGAAGUCCUCCAGUAGUGACAGUGAUGGAUAAUGCUCUGUAACAAUGAUAAGAGUUCAUAUUCAAUAAAUACUAUCCCAAAAAUUG